AUCAUCAGCCAUUUUUAUCGUUUUUACUUGUUAUCAAAAUUUUUUUGCAGUGGGGGGUUUUGUUACAUUCUCAUGAACCAUCGUCUCUUCUUCAAGGGCCGAUUGAUUCAAAUCUUCGCUUUCUCUCUCCUCACCAACUUUCUCUCUCUAAAAAUCCGUCAAUUCAUAUCCAAAACCCUAGAUUUCCUCUUCAACAUGGAUUCUCUCUUCUUCUCCGCAGAUUCCGCCGAUGACGACGCCUCUUUUUUCGGAACCUCCUCCUCGUCCUUCCGUACGAUUAACAGUCUCUCUGACCUAGACGAGGAACGCCUUUAUUUAGUUAAUCACAGGUGGUGGAGUGAGACUAGAGAGGCUUUAUUUAAGGAUAUCAAUGAGGCGGUUACGUACGGUGCGAGUUCGUGUUUGGUUGAUGAAUUUGAAUCGGAGAUUGUUUUGGAAAUGAGAAGAAGUGAGGAUGAUUGUGAGAAUGUAGAAGAACAAGAGUUAGGAGUUUCCGGACGCGAGUAUGCGUUGGUUUCCGAGUGGAUGUUUUAUCGAGCUCUUAAAUGGCAUUUUGAUAUGAAAAGUGUUGGGAACUUAGGAGCCACAGAACAUAAUAAGGCAGACUUGUUUUCUUUGCAAGUCAGGCUUUCAACUUCUGCAACAACAAAUGCAUUGGUUGUAAGAAUAAGUCAAAAGGGAAAUAUGAUUGGAUCUUUUAAUAAGGCCUGUCAAAUAUUUUGUGUCAAGCCUGGCGUGUCAAAGAUAUGGGAUUUUUCAGGACAAAUAACCAAGCUUUUUCUACAAGGCAGCGCACUAUCGGAUUUACCUGAACAAGGAAAUGAAGAGAUUUUCUUGGAAUUGCAAUUUUAUGGAUUGUAUGAUGAUAUAAUGCAUAAAGAAAAUGAGAUGGCAGUUGAUGACUGGAAUGGCUCACUGAAGGUGAACGGCUACUCUGACAAAGUCAACUCAUAUGUUAGAUAUGACCGUCAACCACUUACUAAUAGCUCCAGUGAAGCGUAUAAUUUGGGUUUGACCGGAUUGUACAAUCUUGGAAACACGUGUUUUAUGAAUAGCGCUAUCCAGUGCUUGGUGCAUACUCCACAGCUUGUCGAUUAUUUCCUUGGAGACUUCAGAAAGGAUCUAAACUUUGAAAAUCCACUAGGCAUGAAUGGGAAGCUUGCUCUAGCAUUUGGAGACUUGCUAAGGCAGCUAUGGACACCUGGAGCUACUUCGGUGGGCCCACGAGUAUUCAAGUCAAGGCUAUCUGACUUCGCUCCUCAGUUUAGUGGCUACAAUCAGCAUGAUUCCCAAGAGUUUCUUGCUUUUCUACUUGAUGGGCUCCAUGAAGAUUUGAAUCGAGUUAAAAUUAAGCCUUAUAAUGAGAUAAAAGAUGUGGAUGGGACAUCAGACAAAGAAGUAGCAGAUGAACACUGGCGGAACCAUUUGGCUCGCAAUGACUCCAUAAUAGUUGGCACGUGCCAGGGUCAGUAUCGGUCAACUUUGAUAUGUCCUCUUUGCACGAAGCAUUCAGUUACUUUUGAUCCAUUCUUAUAUCUGUCCUUGCCGUUGCCUUCAACAAAAACAAGAACUAUGACGUUGACGAUAUUGAGCACUGAUGGAUCAACUUUGCCAAUUCCAGUUAGUGUGACUGUUCCUAAAAAUGGAAAGUUUAAGGAUCUUAUUCAGGCUUUGAGCACUGCCUGUUCUUUGGGCGAUCAUGAAACAUUACUGGUAGCUGAGGUAUACAACAACCGCAUUCUUCAUGUCUUGGAUAAGCCAGGUGACUCCAUAGAGCUGGUUAGGGAUAAUGAUACGCUUGUUGCUUACAGGCUACUAAAGGACGAGGAUUCAUUGCCUUUAGUUGUGUUUACACAUUUUCAUUUCGACGAUGGAAAGUUUCAAGUUCAACCUUACAAAAAGUUCGGGAUUCCUCUAGCAGCUAGGAUUCCUGAUUGUAGUGAUGGUUCUGAGAUUCAUAAGAAGUUCCUUCAAGUGCUUCACCCAUUUCUUAUGCCAGAAGAAUUAUCCUUGGAUGUUUUUGAUGAUCCCAUAGACACUGUCAAUCAAGAAACUGAAAUGGAUGAUAAAGUUGAUGGCAUGGUAGUAAAUGAUGUUUUGAACACUGAAUUGGAUGAUAAAGCCGAUGACAUGGCAAUUAAUGACGUCUCGAACAGUGAAAUGAAUGAAAAGGUCAACGAUAUUGCAAUUAAGGAUGUUUCAGAGAGUGAUGUAAAUGGAAACUUUGAGUUUUAUGAGGACCGUGACAGGCUUUUUUUAGAAAGUGAUAAGAUAGUGAUGGAUAAACCAUUAUCAAUCCCGGAAUUCGGGAAUCUCUCUGUGUUUGUUUUGUGGCCAGAUGAAAUGUUGAGACGGUAUGAUACUUCCAUUCUAAGCCAUUUACCAGGAACAGGGGGGUUUCCAUUACUUGCAAACAAGCCUCCAGAGUCGGUUUCGUUAUAUAAAUGUCUUGAAGCAUUCUUGAAGGAAGAACCGUUGGGACCUGAAGACAUGUGGUACUGCCCUAAAUGCAUGAAGCAUUGCCAAGCUAGCAAAAAGUUGGAUCUCUGGAGAUUACCAGAAGUUCUGAUUAUUCAUUUGAAGAGAUUUUCAUACAACCAGUUUUUCAAGGACAAAUUGGAAACUUUUGUUGACUUCCCUGUUGAUGAUUUUGACCUUUCAAAUUACACCGUUCAUAAGGAUUCCCAGUCUUCUUUUCGCUACAAACUGUAUGCUGUCAGUAACCACUAUGGUGGAAUGGGUGGUGGCCACUACACUGCUUUUGCUCAGUCUGGCGAGCAGUGGUAUGAGUUCAAUGACAGCCAUGUCUUCCCCGUUAGUGAAGACCAGAUCAAGACAUCUGCAGCCUAUGUUCUAUUUUACAAGAGAAUUUGAGAUAUAGACCAAUAUACACCUGCUAGUCGGUGGAAUUUGUGUAGGACAGGACAGUCGUCAAAGUUUCAAGUUUUUUGGCCCAAUGGUUUAGAGGUUGAAACAGAAAGCCUUUAAAGUCGAUUACAUCUUGUGCAGAUUUGGGGCCAUUAUACAUUACAUCUGAUAGAAAAUAGUUUUUCCAUUACAAUUAGAGUGCCCUGUGUUGUACAUGUACUUAGAUUAGACUACAGAUUUUGCCAGUGGCCACCUCAAUUUCUUGGAUCAAUAGCUUUAGCUUCAGUUUCAGCUGCAGCUUCUGAGGCAUCGUUUCUCGGUCUUGGUUUUACAACCUUUGCUUGGUUUCUGGCCUAGUUAUGUUUGGUUAACUUGCCUUUUUACUAACCUCAUUUAUAUGAACUCUUUUCUACC